ACUCAAGCAAAAUACUUCUUCAAAAAUGGCGACUGUUGAUGUUAGGGAAGACUUUUUUCCUUCGAGAUCUAAAGAGGUUUCAGGUCUCGUGAAUGGCAUAGCUACAGAGAUUACAUACACAAGUUUCGCUGAUAAGAUACUCAUCACUAUUUCACAAGAAGGUCGACUUUCACAAUGGAUACAAGUCCCCUUAACAGGAUCGUCAUCUGGAGUUGUUGAGAUGAAUCUUCCCAGCUCAAGCAAAGGCCUUCUUCCAUCAACACAUCUCACACCAACAACGCUAUUUGGCGGAGGGGGUGAGGAGCGUGAAACUCUAGGUCAACUUUAUGCAGCACAGAUUGCCAGCCAAAUUUGUCUCAGGUCGCCUGAUGACCGACGAAUACUGGUCCUCGGACUUGGGCUUUCCAAAACAGACCUGGAGCGUGAAGCUUUCUUUGAUCUUUUAGAGCUUGCCCAAAAAGUGUACUCGAUUUGAGCUCUGCCACGCGCUUGAGGUCUUCAGAAAACCAUGGUUUUGCUCAACGAAUUUGAGAGUCUAUGUUGCCAAAACCUCGCCGAUGCUACCCACCCCAUUGCUCUCACUGGGCAAAUCCUCCUCCGAGGCGAGUAGCUCUGCCGCCGUGAUGUCAGCCCCGCCGCUAGAUGUUGUCUCAAGGGUACGACUGUGCGAUGGUGAGGUUUUUCACCAUGCAGGCGAAUGGCAAUGCUUGUAGUGAGCUUGGUAUAGCUAGCGCAUGCUUCUUGUUCAGGGAUGUGGUGGAGGUUGAGGUCAAAGCCGAAUUGGAGUCUUGUUAGUUCGAUGCCAUAUCGCAUGGUCUAUGUAUUUCGAUUACUUUAAUCAUCAUAGAGGAGCACAUAAGCAUCGAGCUAAGAAUUCUCAAUCCCAACUGCCUGUCUCAACGAGUGAAAGGUCUGCAAACUUCAGGGUAAUUGCAAGUCUAAUAGAGAACUAUCGUC